CCUAUUCCCCACUCUCAAACACCGCAUUUCCCUCUCCAAACCCGAAUUCGCCACGAUAUGGUCUCACUAGAAGCAGUCCAGCUACCGAACCCCCGACUGGAGGAGCUGGUCUCUAGCCCACGGAUCUCGUUCUCGGCAGACUUCCUCGAUGAGUCGGACUUCAUCUCGAUCAGCCCGAACGGAGUACAGGAGGAGGAGGUGGCCCCACGGAGGGAGAAGCCCAGGAUCUCAGACCCCAACUUCGAGUUCCUGUCUAACCAAGCGGUCGGCAGCCAUGCCAAGAUGUUAACCGCCGACCAGCUCUUCUUCGAGGGGAAGCUCCUUCCUUUCUGGGCAAUGCAGCAGGCGGAGAAGCUCAGCAGGAUAAGUCUGAAAUCGGGUGAGGAUGGAGACGAAGUUGUAGUGGAGGAAGGAGAAGAAGAGAGAGUGGACGAGGCGACAGGGCGAAUCAGCAAGGAGCCGCCAGCACUGGCAUCAUCGAGGGGGAUCAACUGGUCAUUCCUCGAUGACGACCCUUCGCCGAGGCCGCCCAAGUGCACUGUCCUCUGGAAGGAGCUGCUGCGGCUGAAGAAGCAUCAGAGGCCGAACCUCUCUUCGUCCCUCUCGCCCUCUUCCUCAUCCUCCUCCACCUCGUCCUCGUCCAGCUCGAUGGCCGAUGCCGCUGCAAUGGACGAGAAGAAGAAGAAGAAGACGACCAAGGACGGCGACGCCACAGCGAGGACUAGUAACAACAAUGAUAAUGAUAUGAAGAGCCAAGUGAAAAGGAUAAAGAAGGGGCUCGAGAGGACGAGACCGGCGAGCAUUAGGAUCCGGCCUAUGGUGAACGUCCCGAUCUGCACGCCUGUCAGCAGGGCCGGCAGCGGCUCUGCUCUGCCUCCCCUGUUUCCCCUGAAGAAGGGGCGAGUGUAGAUUUGGUCACUGCCUUCUGUUAAUUUUUUUCUUUUAGUUCCCUUUUAGUUUUUGAUGUUUUUGUCCAUGUGGAUUUUAUUUUUUUUUUUGUCAUUUUUAGAUGAAAGUUGGUUUUGGAAGAUCAGAAAAAAAAUCUAGACAUGUACAUGCUGACUUUUGUUCAUCUCUGACAUCUAUAACAAGAUUGAUUUCAUUUCCAUUC